CACCGGAGAGCGCGGAUGGAAGAAUGGAGUGGAUCUCUAUCCGGUCUGUUUGUUACAGGAAAGAAGUUCUUCGCGGUGACGUUCAUCGGCUCGAUCUUUUGGAUCGCGGCUUACUCGUACCUGAUGGUCUGGUGGGCGAACGUCGCCGGCGACACGGUUCGCAUUCCACCGGAAGUGAUGGGCCUGACGUUCCUCGCCGCCGGCACCAGCAUCCCAGAUCUGAUCACCAGCGUGAUAGUGGCGCGGAAAGGAUUCGGCGACAUGGCCGUAUCGAGCUCGGUUGGCAGCAACAUCUUCGACGUGACCGUUGGGUGAGCGCUAUACCACGUCGAUUCACCGCGGUAUAGAUACGAAUCCCGUUCCCCCUUUGUGCGG